CAGUCGCAAACGAACAACGAACCAUCGAAGUUUAGAAAAUAUCUAACAAUUAAAAGCGAACGCGCGCGCGCUUUUCCUCGAAUCGAAACGCGAAACGCGCCACUCAAACAACGAAACGAAAAUAAAUUUGGAAAAUUGCAAUUGUCGUUUGGUUUUCGGUUUUCGGUUUUUCAGGCGCGCGUGCAUUGCCAAAACGAAUCAGAAGCAAAUAAAAAACAGAAGCUACAACGAAUCAGGAGGCUAUAUAGACGCAAAACGACGCACAUUUCUCGGCUGCAAGCGCGUGGAUCGAAAUAUAUAUGCCGCCGUAUAAUUAUAUAUAGCCAAACCCAGAAAUAAAAGCGAAAAGGGAGGCAUAACUGUGAGAGGCGUUGCCCAUGGCCGAGGAAUUUCAAGAAAUCGCCCCAAAACAAAUGCAGCAUUAAUUGAACUAGCUCAAGGCUCGAGUCCCACUCAAAUCCGCAAAUCCGCAAAUUCGCAUAAAUAAAUCUGUAUAAUUAUAUAAUCAAAUUUGGGUUACACACCAGCACUCGAACUGGUGGGGGACACGUGUCGCUAGAUUUUGGGCCUCGCACGCUUACGAUACAUUGCGUUGAUUAUGAGCGCUUUCGCCGAGCGGCAUGUGCGUUUCAAUCCUUUGCGAGAUCAGCAAACGCUUAUCGUUAAGCGGCUGAGACCGCCGGAGAGCCAGCACUUCAAGAACUGAGCAAUCGAAUCGAACAACGAAUAUCGAAAUAGCUUCUUGCUCAAACGAACCUUUUUUUUACUGAAAGAAGAGCCAACGCAGAAGGCAAACGAAAUAAAUAAAAAGCUAUAGAACAAGCUAUAAGCCAAAAACGAACGAAUUUCUAAGCAACUAGAACAACUAGAACAACACUGCGACAACAACAACAACAAGCACAGGAGCAUCCAAUCGAAGGGAAAUAUAAAGACAAGAAAGGAUCAUCACCACAUUGUUAGGGAACUUUCGAACUUUCGGGACACGAAGUCCCAAUUUGUACAUAUACGCCUAGUAUAGCUAGCAUCUAGAAUAUUUUUUGUUGACUUUGAAUAGCACUCACAUAUAUCACUGUUGUCCCACUUGUUGUGUUAGCUUAGCUAGGCUAAGAGACCCAUAACGAAUACUAGUCAGCCGCCCAACUGUGCGUAUACGCAACGCAACGCAACGCGAGUGCGUAUACUUAAUAUUUAGAAUUAGAUCGAUAAGCAGCGAACAAAUGAUGAAAAAUCUCAACGGUAGGGCGCACAAUGCGUGCUACCAUCCCUACUACCACCAAUCGCUGCACUUUGCCCAGCAGCAGCAGCAUCUGCAGCAGCAGCAACAGCAACAGCAGCAGCAACAUCAGCAUCAGCAGCUGCCAGCGCCGCAGCAACAGUUGCGUCAUCAGCAACGGCAACUGCCCACGCAGCCAGCCUACCAGCAACCGCAAUCGAUUGCCCACAAUGCUUUUCCACUGCGCAGCAGCAGCAGCAGCAACAGCAACGGCAAUGGCAACAAUUAUGGCCAUGUUGCUAGUAGCGCCUACGCUGGAAGCAGCGGCAGUCACAACAGCAACAAUGCGGCUGCCAUGGCCGCCGUCUGUCAAAUGCAGAAUUUUUUCAACCAGCAGCAGCAGCAACAGGAGUACAACAACAAUUGCAUGCCCAUUAAUUACUAUCAGCAGCAGCAACAUUACCCUCCUGAGUCGCAAUCCUCCGCCUCCGGCUGGACUGAAUCCCCUGGCCAGUCGCAACUCGCCACGACAACAGCAGCAACAUGCAACACCGCAGCAGCAGCAGGAGCAACUGCAGCAGCAACCGCACCAGCCACUGCAGCUGCAACAACGAGCACAACUGCAACAUCUGCCGCUGCUGGCAGCGACAACAACAACAGCGACAACUUCGCAAUGGACGCCAGUGAGAUAGCCACUUUCCUCGCCAACGAGCUUUUCCUACAGCAGCUCAGCAACUUUGAGACCGUUCAGAGUGUUCUAACGCUGACGACGCCCACGUUGACGCCGACCACCACGCGCAACAUCGAGGACACCCUCGGCCACUUGCUCUCGGACACGCAGCCCGAUCGUGGAGCUGGUUGCGCGGGAUUCGCGGUGCCAAAGGUGCUACCCAACGCCAUUGAUGUCCUGGGCAUGGGCAUUCCCUCCGGAGUUCCCUCGCUCCCCAUUCAGCCGCCAUUCGAGGUGAGCCUGGGGCAGGGCAGCGAUUCCGAGGACUCCAACGCUUCGUACAACGAUACGCAGAUGAAUGAGGAUCAGGACACGACCGAUACUUCAAGUGCCCAUACGGACAGCACCUCGUACCCAGCUGGCCAAAUGAUGACCGGCAGUGUGAACGGCGGCGGUGCCAACAACUUCACCAAUGUCCUGGCCGCCGUGAGCUCCACCCGUGGAGCCGCAUCGGUGGGCAGCAGCAACGCGAAUACCUCAAACACGCCGGCCCGUCGUGGCGGCGGCAGGCGCCCCAACCGGUCGACCAACAUGACCCCGGAGGAGGAGCAGAAGCGGGCCGUGCGCCGGGAGCGAAACAAGCAGGCGGCGGCCCGUUGCCGCAAGAGGCGCGUGGACCAGACCAACGAGCUCACCGAGGAGGUGGAGCAGCUGGAGAAGCGGGGCGACAGCAUGCGCAAGGAGAUCGAGUUGCUGACGAUCAGCAAGAAUCAGCUGGAAUACUGUCUGGCCGCCCACCGGCCCACCUGCCAAAAGAUCCGCUCCGACAUGCUGAGCGUGACCACCUGCAACGGUCUGAUUGCCCCGGCCGGACUUCUCAGUGCCGGAAGCAGCGGCAGCGGAGCGAGCAGCCACCACAACCAUAACAGCAACGACAGCAGCAGCGGCACGAUCACGGGCAUGGACGCCACGCUGAACUCCACCGGUAGGAGCAACUCGCCAUUGGAUCUCAAGCCGGCAGCGAACAUCGAUAGCCUGCUGCUGCAGCAGAUCAAGGACGAGCCACUUGAUGGCGCCAUCGACUCAGGAUCCAGCCUGGACCAGGACGGUCCGCCGCCCAGCAAGCGCAUCACCUUGCCGCCCUUGCCGCCCAUGUCCACGAUGCCGCACGUUCACAUGUCCAAUCUGAUGACGCCCACCGGUGCCUCGUCGGGAUCUCUGCAGACGCCGAUCACGAGCACGGCGCCCGUCGGAUUCGGCAGCGCCUUCCCAGUGACCACCAACGGCAGCAGCAUCAACACCAUCCACAGCAUCAGCAACAACAACAUGAACUCCCCCACGCUGAAUGCGCUGAACAAGGUGCCCAAGGAGCGGCCCAACACGCUGGCCUUCCAGCGGCCCGUGGGCCACAUGCACUUGACCCUGGCCAACAACAAGCCGGGUGGCCCCACGCAGAUCCAGGGCGUGCCCAUCCAGACGCCCUCGACCGGCACCUUCAACUUCGACUCCCUGAUGGACGGCGGCACUGGCCUAACACCCGUCUCCGGACCGCUGGUGCCCAACAGCUCCUCCGCGAACAAGCAUCCGCUGGAGCUGCCCACGCCCACCGCCGAGCCGUCCAAGCUGGUCAGCUUAUAACCGGACAGGAUCUGGGGAUCCUGUGACGGGGAGGGGGGUCGAGUCAGGAUUAAGUUAAGUUUUAUAUAGUUGAUGUGCUGAACGCGGCAAGCAAAACGAAAGGAAAGGAAAGGAAAGGAAAGGAAACCAAGAAGCACUUUUCUAGUGUAGUGUAGGAGAUGUUUUCAUUUUUGUAAUAUGGUAAUCAUAAUCGUAAUCGUAAACGUGACGAAUGUUUUGUUUCGUUAACUCUAAUGUUUUUGUAUUAUUGUAUUAUUAUCUUUAUUAUGGUUAAUUUAUGAUUUUGCUAUGUCUUUUACAUACGCCGAGCUACAUAUGUUAUGUACUUGUAAUUUGUGCAAUUUUCAAACCUUUUCAUUGCGCGUUAUAUAUUUUCAAAAAAUAUAAGAACGCGAACGACCGACGAUGCAUGAUGAGAAUGAUAAGGAUAAUAGGGCGUGUAGAUUUGGAGGAUGCGUUGUGAUAUUUAUUAUAAAAACGAAUACAAAAGAUACCAGGAUAAAACGAAAGUAGAAAGCAAACAGGAGCGUCUAAUGAAAGGAACUAAGCCGGUUUUAAAAUUGUACAUUUAAACGAAUCGCGUAAAUUUAUGAAACAAAAUGAAUAUAUUCAGCAUACAAACUAAAUACAAUGCCUUGAGAGAGAAUUAAGAAAUGCAAACCUUUAUAUAUAUAUAUAGAGAUCUAUAGAGAUGUAUGUACAUUUAAAGCUAAACAAUAAUGGCGUUGAAGCAAGUUUUAUAUUGAGCAAAAGCAAAUGUGAAAUGAGAUAAAUAUACUUAUUGUACUCUGUAAGCUGCAGUAGAAACCCAAAUAUAUUUUUACUAAACGCAACAGUGCGCUAUUUUCAAAUACCAUUUAUAAGAAAUGACAAAAGCAAUUAUUUAAUAUGUAAUUAUGUAUUAUGUAUACCUACCUACCCACAACCCAAAACUGAAUAACUAAAAACCCAAACCAACUCUCGCCAGUUUCCACAGUAACUUCUCUGAAUAUUCAAAAUUUCAAUCUAUCCAAAACCAAACCGAUCGAUAGCCACUAAAUGCACUUAUAAGGGCAGAAAAACACCAAAAUUGAAAAAUGAAAUGGAAUAAAAUAAAAUAAAAACACCGAAAAACCUAAA